AUGUGCGAAGGGGCGGUCGGGGGGGAAGGAUCAGCGGUAGUAGCCGGGAUCGGAGGGGAAGAUGGGGAGGGGUUGCCGUCGGCAUCUGCUGACUCGGUGAAGAUGGACUCGGGGUUAGGGGAAGGAGGGGAGGAGGGGAGUUGGCGGGAGAUGCGCAGACGGAAUAAGCAGCUGGAGCAGCUGCAGGAAUUGGAACCGUUGCAGGGUGAUGAUGACGAUGAUGGGAGUAGCGGCUUGGUUGAGAUCGAGAUGAGCACAUUCCCCCUGAAAGAUAGGAGGGGAGCGGAGGGAGGGUUUAGCCCACUGCCGUCGUUGCCGCUAACGGUCUCGUGCCUGCAGUACCAGCAGGGCGUAACAGCAACAACAACGCGGCCCUCUUAUGCUCGAGCUUCCUGCUCCCGUGGCGCAGCAGACGUUGGGACAGCAGCAGCUUCGCCUCCUGAUGAUGAGGGCUUGGAUAGCACAAACAACAACAACGACCCCACGCCGUUGCCGAAAGUGUCGGAGCCCGAGAGCGCGACAGCCAGCACUGCGAGCGCGUCCUGCCGUACGCCCAACCAGGACACCAGCAACAGCAGCAGCACCUUCAGCAGCAGUAGCAGUUGCGAUGAUGGGGAAGAGGACGACUCGGCCAACACGCCCUCGGAUUGGUACAGGAUGCGCGACAUCACGGCAGGCGCAGAUAACAGCCCUGCUCCCGUGGCGGGCUUGCAGGCAACGGCCCCGAUGAGCUCAGCAACGGGCGGGGACUGCUGCUGCUGCCUGUGCGGCUACACGCUCGAGGAGGGGCAGAGGGUUGUGAGGAGCCCGGAGUGCGGGGAAGGCUUGAUGGUACAUCAAGCCUGCUUCGAAAGCGAAGACAGUACACCGGUCUUCAGCGACGACUCCGAUGGAGGAGCCCUCAAGUUCGGCUGCGACUGCGGGCAGUUUCACCCCGGAGUUGGACUGACGGCAGGCGUUUACGCGUUAUCCUUAGCGUCAGAUGCGUUGGCGCCGUCGGCGACGUUGUCAGGGGCGGGAACUCCUGGGGCAGGGCCGGAGGGGUGGUUGGGUGGAGAUGCAGGGGCGAUGGUGUCGCCGCGGCAUGGGUUGAGAGAGCGAGCGAGGGAAGCAGCGUUGGAGGCUUGUCCGACCUUUGUGCAGGCGGAUCCCCAGGCCCUUGCGGUCGUGGAUGGCGAGGUUAGACUACGCCCCGUAAACACACAGGCGAUGACGCCGACGAUGCUGCCGCACGGCCUCUCCCCCGAUGGCCUUGCGGAGCGUUUCUCCAGGCAGGACGUCUUGUCUCGGGCGGAGGCGGAGCAGCUGCUUCGGCAGGGCACGGAAGUCCUCGACAAGGAGGACAACGUGCUUGAGCUCGAAGGCGAGACUGUCGUCGUGGGGGACUUGCACGGACAGUUCUUCGACCUUCUCACCCUGCUCAAGACAUACGGGGAGCCUCCCGAAAGGCAGUACCUUUUCCUCGGGGACUACGUGGACAGGGGUUUGUACUCCUGCGAGGUGGCGUUGUACCUGAUCUCCCUUAAGCUGGCGUUUCCGAGGGAGGUGCACCUUAUCAGGGGGAACCACGAGACGGCCAAUCAGACGGCGGCUUGCGGCUUCAAGGAUGAGUGCUCCGCAAAGUACGGGUCGAGAAUCUACGAUGCCUUCCUGGAGUGCUUCUCCGCCCUGCCCGUGUGCGCCAUCUUGUCCCAGAAGGGUCAGCUGGAGAGUCUGUUCUGUGUUCAUGGAGGCAUCUCCCCCCGGCUGAAGACGGUCAACGACAUCCGACGGCUUGAGCGACGAGUGGAGCCGCAGGAGGGGACUCUGUUGGCGGACUUGCUGUGGUCGGACCCUAGCGACGACCCCUCCGUUGUCCGACGAGCGGCGCUUGGUGACUGCACCAACGACGUCAACUUGCCAGCAGACCCAGCAGCUGCUGCAGCUGCUGCGGCCGGGGGGGGGGGGGGGGGGGGGGGUGGUACCGCCAACGGCGGGUCAACGAGGGAUGACGUCGGCUUCAUGCCGAACGUCGUUCGUGGGUGCUCUUGGAGCUACGAGUGGAAAGCCGUGGAGGCUUUUUUGAAGGAGAACGUCUUCCGAGGCAUCCUUAGGGCUCACUCGGUUCAGGGGGAAGGCUUCCACCACCACUUCCAAGGGCAGUGUCCAGAAUCGAACAUCGGCGAGGGUGUUUCGACCGUCUUUUCCGCCCCUGGGUACACGACUCACAGCAAUCGAGGAGGCGUGCUGGUGGUGAAGGGGGACGGGGGGGUCGAUCCCCAAGGGUACGACGCGACGCCCGAGCCGGUGGUGGUCAACAGCGUCCGGGCUGCCGUGCAACGAGCUUGCCCGUUCAUGCCCACCUCGCUGGGAGAGUGGGCGGAUUUGGACACGGAUCGGCUGUGGUCGUUGUCGUCAUUACCGCCCGCAUUGUCGGCGGCGAGCCGGCGGCAGAGGCCCACCGCAAGUUUUGACGACACCGAGGCGUUGGCGCUGAGGGCUUUGUGGGAGGCAAUGUGCGGGGGAGGCGGCGCAAUCACUGCGGACUCCCUCUUCGCGUUCGACGAUUCCUUCGGAGAGGGCACCGACUGUCUCCACGCGGCGGCGGUGUUGAGAGCCCUAGCACCGUCGGGGCGACGAGAAGCCCACGCUUGUGAGCCGGCCAUGAUGGGCGAUUUUCUGCGGGUCGCGGGAGCACUGAAGGAGAUGAGUUGCGUGGGGAGUUCUCCGGAGAAUGCUUCGGGGAGAUCUACGGAGAUCGACGUCGUCGUGGAGAGUUCUUCGGAGAACGCCGUCGUGGGGAGGAUUUCUCCGGAGAAUGCGAUCGUGAGGAAAUCUCCGGAGAACGCGAUGGUGGGGAACUGCUCUCCGGAGACCGCCGCAGGGAACUCUCCGAACGCGGCGAUGAGCGUUGGGGAUGGCACGCCCCCAGAUUCCCCCGCAACGGUAAUCGCUACCCCGCGUUGGAAUCGACGGUUGGGGGGUAAUUUGAUGCACGCCUCUGUUUCGCCGGGGAGUCCGUCCGUGGGAGAUUCCUGCGGUCGGGACCAGGGGCUGGGGAUUUCUCCGAAGGAGAUGUCGUUGAGUGAUUAUCCGGACGACCCGUUGAGGGCGUCUCUGGAUUGGGACUGGGGGGUGAUAGCCCCCCCCGCCGGGAGCGAUCCCAAGACCCCUUACGUCUCGACCGAGUCGACCUCUUCUUCCAGCACGAGAACCACGAGCACAAGCAGCAGCAGCAGCAGCGGUAGGAGUAGCCGCAGGAGGAGAAGAGGCAGUAGCAGCAAGAAGCCAAGACGACGGAAGGGGAAAUCUUCCACCCCGAGGACAGAAGCAACGGCGGCCUCGCUCAAAGAAGCAGCGGUGGCGGUUGCGGCGCCCGCACUCACGACCAGGAGGGUGUCGACCGCGAGCUACGUGACCCAGCUGGGUUUGGCCUUGCAGCAGCUGGGAUGUCCCAUGUAGUUGGUGGUGUGUUCGCAGGAGAAGGGAAGAUCACGUGUGGGUUAGUAUUUCCGGCAUUGCUUCCGCUGUCCCACGUCGCGCUGUCGCUUACCUAAUGGUGUGCGUCCCGCCGAUGGUGGGUUUGUGUUUGUCCACACAGGUACGUAUUGAGUUUCGCCACCUCAUAGGUAUGAAGGCUGUCGUAGUAGUGGUUGCUAACCGGGGAAGUCCUUUCCUGUCGAAAGGGGGAGGGGGGUCGGGAAAGCGUUAGUGUGUGAUCCAUCCGCAGACAUUUUUCACAAAUUGGGUUGUUGUUCUCGCCUUCUGCACAUAUCGUGCUUCGCCCGGGCGGGGGGCACGGCAGAUGUUGUCAUUGCGUAGAAGACGUACUGCCUGCUCCUCAUCGAGGGCUCGCACGAAUGUGUUCGUGAAGGCUUGCAUUGCUGGUGAGUCAUCAUGUCUGUGGGAACAGCAGCAUUUAGAACCACGCUCCGUACGAAGCUAUAUAGUUGGGAUACUUACGAAUCAUGACAAUACCGAAUGGUCUUGUGAUUGGAAACAAAGUGCUUUGGGUUGGAUGUAAAAAGGGAUAGCUUCGUUUGAGAAAGUCCCUUCACACUAGGUGAGGGGAAACAUGCAUAACGCGGAUCGGCCGAUCGUGCAAACAAGGUUCAGAAGAAAGCGGGUCGGGGGAUAACUGGCUCCGGAGGGUUGUUGGGCAACUGCGAAGACAACCAUCCCUGUCGAUGAUGGUUUGUAGCGUUUGCCGAUCGACAAGUAAGAGCGCGCCUUCAGGAGGUAAGUUCAGUUGGCGGCGUCCAUAACCCUAUCCCCAUAUAAGUAGGUAUGGUGUAAUGGUGGGCAUGUCUCGUACCCGAUUGCGUUCAUUCCAGGAUCAUAGGGAGACUUACGUCAGUCGACAUGCACCUUGUGGUGUGGGUAUGCAUGUAAACUGUUUCGCUCAUCAGUCGGGUUCGCACACCGAGGUAUUCCACCUGCGGUACUUGCUUGCUGCCUUCGAUUUCAUGUCGGGAAUGGUUGAGUCUGUCUUUUCCCUCUUGAGUUGGUACGCACGACUUUGCGCCUUGCACUCCGGGAGGUUCCUUGAAUAGUUUUCAAUCGUGGCGUCGAGCGUCGUUUCUGAAAAAAUCUCCCAACCGGCUGGAAUCCGCCC